AAUCAGACAUCCAAGUGAUCAAAAUUAUUAGAGUGAUUUUUUUUCUUAAUUAUUCAAUAUUCUUGAGACGGUGGGCAGUCUAGACAAACACGUGUGAUUGUACCACUAACAUGUGGUAAUUGAUACAGCGAACUGAAAUCAUUAACAUUGUAACAUACAGUUUUAUCCUUCUGAAAUAUAGCGACAUUAUCCUUUAGUUUUUAACAGACAUCUUCUAUAUUCUGUGUUAGAGUACUAUUAUCUUUUAUAAGUAUCUAAAAGACGUGCAUCUUAAAGGAAUGAGUCAAGCUCUUCGCCUAUCACAUAGCGUAUUGUAGUUGUCGAAAUUUAAAUAAUUAAAUAUACAAAUUGUCGUGAUUUGCUUUCUGGGUGUUCUGUCUAUGUAGACAGCCUGCCUUGGAUGUGCACGCCUCUCCUCAUGGUUGGACGAAAAGUUAGAUGCUUUCUACGCAGCGAUGCAGGCCGUGGCAGGUUUGUUUUUUGCUGGUAUCGUGAGUCGCCUGUUCUCUUUACCCACGGGACAGGAACAACACCUACACGGACCCAGUCGCAACCGGACGUGCCAACAGUAUCGUGGUCACCAUGGACACUUUGAAAUAUUCGAACAGGACGACAGCGUUUAUUGCUUGCAUCAGCAUCUGUAUCAAUCCGCUCUGGACACUUCUCCCGCCAACGUGUUACUUGUCUAUGCCCAGGAACUCCUGAUAAUUGCCUUGUCAAGAUGUGGUUCCAGAGACUGGCCACACUGGCUUACAGAAAGGCAGCAAUGCAAUAAUGGGAGUACUAGUGAUAGGUGUAGGACAAAAACACGUGAGAUAAAAGCGUGUGAGAAACAGCAAGCCAGAAUCACGGAAACAAGCAGUAACAGGAAACGAAAAAGCAAGGGAAGAAAGAUAACAAAAUGUAGAAGGAAAUGUUGCAGAAGUGAAAAGGGAAGUAAACAAAGGAAAAAGAAAUGCGAGAGAAGACAAAAGGGAAGCACAGACAACGGAAAGAAAAGGUUGUCGAAGAUACAAAGUUGUAGCUGGGGACGAAAAGAAGUCCGGAUGAUGACCAGGUCUGAAUGGAAACGAUUUGUCGACAGACUCAAUAUUCUAAAGGAGUCAAUCCCUGUCAGAGGAGGACAGGAAUCCUUUGUGCCAUAUGACGUCAUUUCCGAUCUACACAGAAAUAAUGUAACUAUAAAUACAGCACACGGAGGACCUAACUUCCUGGGUUGGCACAGGGUAUACCUACUGCUAUUGGAAGCAGCUCUUGGGGUUUCCAUACCCUACUGGGACAGUCGACUGGACCACGACAUGUCCGAUCCUACCGACUCUGUAGUGUGGACCAACGACUUCUUCGGUCCUGGUUUUGGAGUAGAGGAUACGGGGCCAUUUGCGAAUUGGAUAACACCAGAUAACGAGUCACUAGUUCGAAACAUAGGGAACAAUGGCAGUCUUAUGUCCGCCGACAUGGUAGACACGUUACUACGAUACACAAGGCAUGAUCAGGCUGUGGAACCAACUAUCAACUCGAUCGAAGAUAUCCAUGAAGGACCACAUCGUUGGGUUGACGGUCAGCUCUCCAGUCUCGAGACAGCACCUCAGGAUCCCGUCUUCUUUCUUCACCACAGCUUUGUUGAUUAUAUUUGGUACUUGUUAAGAGAAAAUAUGCGAAAAGGGGGAGACAUUGAUCCAGCAUUCGACUACCCUUGUAAAGGGCCAAGGGCUCACGAACGGUAUGCCACCAUGUUUCCGUUCGGCAGUCUUCCUAAUUUAUACGGCUACAGUGACCAUCUGGAAAGUCUAACGCACUACAUCCCGUCCCCCGCGUGUCCUGAUUGCGGACAGAGUCCAUAUCUGUAUUGUGAUGAAGGCAUUCGCCGAUGCAAGUCGAAAGCAGCCAGACCACCAGCACAUAGUUUAGGCUCGGACAAAAAAGUGAAAACUCGAUAUCGUAUACGGGCCAUUGGAAUUCUUCACCUGGGCAGAAAGUUCGGACAUCACAAAGCAGAUGUAAGGACGCGAGGAGACACUUUGACGUUUUUACCAUUAACGAACAGAGGACUAUUUCUAUGAAGUAUUGUCUAUUACACUUAUUUUACUACAUUAUUGUUCACCAACAAAUAUCAGCGAGACAUACCCCAUCUUUCACAAGCUCUUCGAUUUGUAUUAGCUUUUUGUCGUAUUGAGUAUAAUACUAUUAUACAGUGGCUUUUUUUGUUAAAGACAGAUUCAUUGACCGCUAUCCCGGUAAAUAAAGCACACUUAUGGACAAGACGGGGAGUUCAGUUAUUGAUGUUAGAUCAAGAAAACAAUUAAAUCAUAUUGUCUUUGUGUAUAACAAGAAGCGGGUUCUGCUGUAGUAAACGCACCGUACUAGAAACAAGUGGUUAUUGGUAUUUCUCCAACAACCACAGUAGGUUUCCUCACUCAUGACAUAUUGGAUAAACCUGUUCGGAGUUGGUAAACAUUUUUGGUCACUCACUAUAGUGGGUGUUCUAGUGACCAUGAUUUCAUUGGUCAAUCU